AUGUGUGCAAAGCGUGAGGGUUUCGCGAAAUUUCGCAACGAAUGCCCAGUUAUUCUUUACCGUUUUUACAACAUCCUAAUGUAAUUUACCGCGUAAUUUUGCUGUGAUGUUGCUUUUGAUGCUGAGGUUUUUUUCUGUCACAUUUUUUGGGGGAAAUGGAUGCUCUUAACCAUUUUUAUAUCCAGUCCAGGGUAAUUUUAUGGCUAAAGAUUGACGAUGGAUUUCUGUGCCGGAUAUGUUUAUAUUCGGCUUAGUUUUUUUUUAUUUAUCUCUAUAUUUCUUGUCAUUCAUUUAGAGGACCACUUUUUGUUUUGUACGCAAAAUCCAUUUCUUUCAAGAGUCUAGUAAAGCUUUACCUAAAUUUUUAAGAAAGAUUUUUUUAAUGCUUAUGAAUACUUGUAUCUUUUCGAACAACAGUCAGGUAUAACAUAUUGUCUUUUAAUUUUUGUGAUAAUGCCGUAAACCAUCUUAUGUUUAACUGCCGUGCAUGUUUUUAAUCGUUUUUGGUUUCAGAUUAACCGUGCUCUCUUCUGCAAUGUCGGAAUCUAGUGAAACGUGUGAUAGACUCGUGCAGAGAUUUGAGGAGGCCCUUAGGCUCUACUCGGAUCAUUAUCUAACCCUUCAAAAGACUGUUCUAACAGCACAGGCUCAGAUUGACGCCAAGAUUGUGAGUUCUUUAAAUUUUUUCCUUCUUGUUUAGAUGUCGACUUGCAGAUUGUGAAAUGGAAAUAAAUGGAACUUAUUUUAGGGUCGAAUUGAACAAACAAUGUUGCAACUUGCCUUCGAAGGGAAGUCUCAAUCAACGGCCAUGGUGAGUAGUUCAUUUGAUGAUGAUGCACUAAAUUCUUUGUAAUAUUCCUAUUCUAUUCCGGUUUCAGAAUAAUGUCCAACGAUCUGUCUGCGAAAGCCACGAGCGUGAAGUUAAUCGGCUGACGGGACUGCUAGAGACGGUCUUUCAGAGUCAAAUCAGGAAUCAAAAUGCGCAGGCUCAAGCUGCGGCCCAACAGGCUUCCAUCUUUGGUCUUUUGAACAAGUAAGUUAUAUAGGAUUGUUUUAUUUUACUGAUUUUAGUCUAAACAACCAAAGUAUUAUUCCAAAUCCGUCGAUGCUCCCUCCCCAGUUGCCUCCCAACUUCCAAAUGCCGGUUCCGAUCCCACAACAAUCCCAACAAGUCGCAAAGCCUCAACUUCAACAACCCCAAUUCCAACCCCCGGUGGUUCAGCAACUCCCAGCCCAGCCGAAACCGGAGCAGAAACCUGUUGUUCAGCCUGUCAGCCAGCCAUCAUCUGGAGGAUUCGGAGAUCAGUUCAAGAAGAAGGAUGGGGAAUGGGAAUGCAAGGGAUGUUAUGUGAGAAAUGGAGCUGAUAAGACUGUAUGUCCUUGUUGCAACACCCCAAAAGAUGGAGCAGCCCCAGCUGCCGGUGCUAAGCCAGCUCCCGCAUUCAAGCCCAGCACUUUUGCCGCUCCUGCUCCAAAUACCGGAGGAUUUUCAUUUGGAUUAGGUGGAAGUAAACCCGCUGCAGUUCCGGCGGCCAAGCCGGCCGAGCCAAUUAAAUCAGAAGCUACAAAGGGAAUAUCUUUCGGCUCUCUGAGUUUAAGCGAACAACCCAAGAACUUGUUUGGGAAGCCAGCUGCCACUCCUGUUGCUCCAGCUCCCUUCAAGGUAUUGAGUAGUUGAUUUAUAACUUUAAUAACUCGAUUAUUCCAGAUUGAUGCCAAACCUGUGAUUUUACCGCCCAGGGAAGCCGAAGAUGAGGAAAAAGAAGAGGCUCCUGAGGAGUUUAGACCAGACGAUAGCCAGUUUAAACGGCCAGAUAUUGCUCUCCCUGACCUUGUUCAAGUGAAAACUGGAGAGGAAGAUGAAGAUCUUGUCUUCGUCUCUCGUGCUAAGCUCUACCGUUUUGACGCUGAAAAGAAGGAAGUGAAGGAAAGGGGAGCUGGUGAGAUCAAGUUGUUGAGACAUAAGAAUACCCACAAGCUCCGAUGUGUGAUGAGAAGAGAGCAGGUUCUCAAAUUGUGCGCCAACUUUGCCUGUGCGGGAGUGAAACCGACCAUCAAGAAGGACAAGCCCACUACUUUGAUCUGGACUUGUAUUGAUUUCUCGGAUCCGGAAGAGCACCCGGAUGGAGAGAACUGCACCUUGUUGUGCCGAUUUAAGAACGAAGAAGACGCCAAGAAGUUCAAAGAGACUGUUGAGAGUAAGUGAGAAGAAAUGGAAAAGCCAUCCAAGAUUCAAAUCCUAACUUUGAUCUUGUUUGAAUGAAAUUUAUGGAUUCUUUUUAGCCGAAGGAAAGGGUGCCGCUGUUGUUCAAGCUGAUGAAUCCAAGGACAAUUCCACUUCUUCAACUCCAAAGCAAAGUCCUCAAAAGGAAAUCAAGAAGGAGCCAGAAGAGGCCAAGCCUUUGGCAACUCCAACUACUUCCGCCACCGCCACUCCCAAUAACUCGUUCUCAUUCAAAGGAUUCGGCUCAGCAACCGGUCAUACCACUCCAUCGAAGCCUUUGUUUGGAACCCCCACGGCUACGGGAACCGCUAAUGUGGGUCAAGGAGCCCCCAUCAGCUUCUCGUUUAAUCCUGGAAAGAGCACAACUCCAGCAACGUCAGUCCAGCCCCCAGUAUCUACACCGGCAUCUGCAACGACAGCUAGCCCAGCACCUGGAAAGGGAAUUUUUGGAGGUGGAUUGAGCAGCAAUCAGACAGCAUCCCCAGCCAAUUUCUCUUUCAAGGGAUUUGGAACUCCAACUUCAGGUUGGUUUUUAAAUAAUUUUUGAGUUGGGUUCAGGUAAUCAAAAUUUAAUGCAAUUUUUUAGCCAACCAAAGUCAAAACAGUUCCGUUACGGCCGCUGAAACUCCAAAGCCAUCUCUCUUCGGUGGAAAUACAAGUUCCGUGAGCUUCGGAUCAUUGAGUCAGAACUCGCAGUCGUCGUUCCUGAGUGGAAAAGAUAAUGCCUCCACGUUUAAGGUGAGUGUGGGGUACCAGUUGCUCUUUUAAUGAUUUUGGGAUUUGGCUUCAGUCUUGACUUGAACAUUGAGUUUUUAGGUGGAUCCAAAGAAGUUUGCAGUGUUUGGUCAAAAAAAGGACGAGGAGAAAAAGGCCGAAGAAGGCGAGGAUGAAGAGCCCGAGGCAUUCAAACCUGAUGACACUCAGUUUAAACGUCCCGAUAUUUCUCUCCCUGAUCUUGUUCAAGUGAAAACUGGAGAAGAGAAUGAAGAUGUUUUGUUCUCAGCUCGAGCGAAACUCUACAGAUAUGUCUCGGAGACCAAGGAAGUAAAGGAACGAGGAGUUGGCGAUAUCAAGAUCCUCAAGCACAAAGAGAAUGGGAAAGUUAGAGUGUUAAUGAGAAGGGAGCAGGUACUGAAGCUCUGCGCCAACUUUAUUGUCAAAAAUGUGAAACCCGAAUUCAAGAAGGCCAGGAAUGACACCUUGGUUUGGAAUUGUUGUGAUUAUUCGGAUCGGGAUGAACAUCCAGAUGGAGAACAUGUUACCCUUAUGUGCCGAUUCAAAGAACCGAAAGACGCUGAGCAAUUCAGUAAGAUCAUCAACGAAAAUCAAGACUAG